CAGCUGUUUUGCUGAAAUCAUAGCAAGCGCACAGCACCAUCAUGAGGGAGUGCCUGUCAAUCCACAUUGGCCAAGCUGGAGUUCAAAUGGGCAAUGCCUGUUGGGAGCUCUACUGUCUGGAACAUGGAAUUCAGGCGGACGGAACCAUCCCCGGAAACCAGGCUGCCCAGAAGAUUCUGCCAGAAGCUGAGCAAGUGGAUUCCUCUUUUGAGACGUUCUUCUGUGAGACUGCAUCUGGGAAGCACGUACCCAGGGCCGUGUUCAUUGACUUGGAGCCUACUGUUAUUGAUGAGAUCCGCACAGGUGCCUACCACUCCCUCUUCCACCCUGAGCAGCUGAUCAGUGGCAAAGAAGAUGCUGCCAACAACUACGCCCGGGGCCACUACACCAUCGGGAAGGAAAUUAUUGACACGGUCCUUGGCAGGAUUCGCAAAAUGGCUGAUCAGUGUAGCGGCCUCCAAGGUUUCUUGGUCUUCCACAGUUUUGGUGGAGGUACAGGGUCAGGCUUCACUUCUCUUCUGAUGGAGCGACUCUCGGUCGAAUAUAGCAAAAAGUCGAAACUGGAGUUCUCAGUGUACCCUGCCCCACAGGUCUCCACUGCGGUGGUGGAGCCCUACAACUCCAUCCUGACCACUCACACCACUCUGGAGCACUCUGAUUGCUCCUUCAUGGUGGACAACGAGGCCAUCUAUGACAUCUGCAACCGCAACCUUGACAUCGAGCGUCCGACCUACACCAAUCUUAACCGACUGAUCGGGCAAAUUGUCUCCUCCGUAACAGCUUCCUUGAGGUUUAACGGUGCCUUGAAUGUUGACCUGAUAGAAUUCCAGACCAACUUGGUGCCUUAUCCCCGCAUCCACUUCCCCUUGACCACCUACGCCCCCAUCAUCUCGGCGGAGAAGGCCUACCACGAGCAGCUCUCGGUGCCGGAGAUCACCAACGCCUGCUUCGAAUUCUCCAACCAGAUGGUGAAAUGCGACCCUCGCCGAGGCAAAUACAUGGCUUGCUGCCUGCUUUACCGGGGGGACGUUGUGCCCAAAGAUGUCAACGCUGCUAUCGCAGCCAUUAAAACCAGGAGAUCCAUCCAGUUUGUGGACUGGUGCCCGACCGGCUUCAAGGUGGGCAUCAACUACCAGCCCCCCACGGUGGUGCCCGGGGGAGACCUGGCGAAGGUGCAGCGGGCCGUCUGCAUGCUGAGCAACACCACGGCCAUCGCGGAGGCCUGGGCCCGACUAGACCACAAGUUUGACCUGAUGUACGCCAAGCGGGCCUUUGUGCAUUGGUACGUUGGCGAGGGCAUGGAGGAGGGGGAGUUCUCCGAAGCCCGGGAGGACCUGGCUGCCCUGGAGAAGGAUUACGAAGAAGUUGGGCGGGAUUCCGCUGACGGGGAGGAAGAAGACGCUGAGGAAGAGUAUUAGAACCGGUGUUUUUCUGUGCCAAAUCUGCAUGUAACCAGGCCAAGGAGGGGAAGGCAAAACCAUACGGUUCUGUCAAUAGUAUUAAUUGUUUAACAUCAGGAUUCUGAUUUCAUUUUUAAAAACAAAACACUUUUAACAGACUUCUGUAGCGGAAGGACUCUUAACACGCUGUACUUUGCCUAGAAUGCACUCCCUGUCGCCUUCUUUAUCUUGACUUCCUGCCUUUUAGUAUUACACGAAGUAACGCUUGA